AUGUACAACCCCUGGAGCGCCCAUAACCAUGGCCACGCGCAUCACCCACACCCACACGCCCACCACGGGCAACACACGCACCACGGCAACGCCGCACCGGCAACCGUGACUUCCGUAUCGAGCGUCCCGGGGGCAGCAUCAAGAAUGGACCUGGACCCUAGCGGUGUCGGCGGCGGCGCUGGUGGUGGCGGAGGCGCCCCCUCCCACACCCAGGCCUCCUCGCAGUCCUCAUACACCAUGUCGCAGAUGCGCUGGCUGCCCAGUAUGGUUACUACGCGCUCGCACAACCAGCAUCACAACCACAACCACAAUGCGGCGUCGCUGCCGACCAUCUCGUCGGGACUCAGGCUGCAGCAUCCACAGCAACAGGGCGGGCAUUCGCAUGCGCAGGCGUCUGUCAUUGAUGUGUCGAGGGCGCCGCCGCCGCCGUUGGUGAAUCCGGGGAGUGUGAAUGUGGGUGUUGGGCUUGGGCCUGUGGUGGAGUCUGUGGAGAGCGAGGAGAGUGAUCGGUCUGAGAGUCCUGGGGAGACGACGUCGGGGACGAGGGAUGUGAGCGGGGCGGAUGCAUUGGGGGAGCCGGAGUUCUCGUCUGGGCGGAAUGGCCUUGUUGGUGUGGGGAGGGGUGACGAUGAUGGUGAUGUCGAGUUACUGGGGGAGAGUACGACGGGCAAAGAUGCGCAGUCGGGCCUCACCCCGCGGAAACACGGCAAACGCCUCACAACAAAGGAGGAGGUCUCCCUCUUCGAGAUCUGUAACCGGCACGCUGCCGACUUCGGCCGUCGCAGUAACCUCUGCAAAUGGUGGAUGACGGUGACGACGGAGUUUACCCGCGGCCAGAAACAUCCAUACUCGUGGCACUCUGUGCGGCGCAAGGUUGAAAUCGUCACGAAGCAGCGCAUGAAGUUCCUCGAGGAGCAGCGCGACAAGGGGACAACAGAGGCAGACGACCUGUCGAACCCGCGAUGGCGCGCCGUCGUCGACGCCUGGAUCCCGACCUGGCAGCGCUGGGAAGAGGCUGAAGCGGCGCGGAUCGAGAAACGAGACUCGCGGAGACCGCGGAAACGCAAGUGGACUGUCACCACGCCUACCGCCACCAUCACGACGGACGGAGCAUGGGACCUCACCAACUCCACCGCAACCGCACCGAAUACAGAAGCCUGGCAAGCGCCCUCAAGUAGCAGCAACAGCCCAAUGGUAACCCACACUCAAUCCCACCCUGCACCACCAACGACAUCCACCACUGUAACCCCCGUCCGGUUACCGCCAGGCUUCGACACCAUGUUCUCGCAAACACAAACACAGCAAGCUCCCUCCUCAAUACCCUACACCCAGCACACGCAGCGCGCCCCACCACCAGCCCCAGCACCAGACAACACGAUCAUGACCGCCGUCCUCGAAACCCUGGGAAAACUAAACAAGCACUUCGAAGCCAAAGAUAACAACACCGCCCCAACACAAUCUCAGCAACCCGCUCAACAACAACAACAACAACCCUCACAAUCCCAAACUGACGCCGACGCCUUUAGCGGCCUUGGCGGAGAUUCCGGAACGUUAGGAGCAGACGACAUUGCAACUGCAACUCUGACCCGUUUAAAAGAGGACCUGCGGAGAGAGAUGAUGGUUGAUCUCCGCGCGGAGUGGGAUAAGGAGCGCGCGGUGCUUGAGGAAAAGCUGGAUUCUGUACAGCGCACGCAGGAGAUGAUACUCGAGAUGCUGAGGCAGGAACCUUCCUGA